GAAUGAAGGAAUAUUGCUAGCUAGCGUAGCGGUAUUAGUUUCGUAGUUAGUUGGAUUACCCUCUUUCCUUCUGUAAUCAUUCAACAAUCAGCAACCCACCCUUCAAUCAAUCAAUCAAUAAACCUAGUUUUCUAUCAAGAUUUUCUUCGUAAAAUGGAAAUCGAUCCACCCUCUUCAACGGGAAAGGAUCAUUUCAAGCUAUGGAACCAACUAGAGUUGCACGAAUUUCAGCAUAAAUUCGUCAUCAGAUCACUUGAAUUUCCCGAUCAAGGCUUUUCAAUCGCCCGUUCCGAUGGAAGCUUUCAUAAGCUUGACGGUGAUGUUAAUUUGGAAACUGCUUCCAGGGUCUAUACGGUAUUUGGUGUUGCUGGAACUAUUAGGUUGCUUUCAGGGACAUACAUUUUGGUCAUAACUUCUCACAAGGAUGUUGGCACUUAUCUUGGUUUUCCUAUCUUCCGGGUCAUGUCUAUGAAGUUCUUAUCCUGUAAUAGAGAUUUAAGAAAUCUAACUAAUCAACAAAAAAAAGACGAGGCUUACUUCCAGACAUUGUUGAAAAUUGUGGAGGAGACUCCUGGCCUGUACUAUUCCUACGAAACUGAUAUUACAUUAAACUUGCAGAGAAGAUGUAAGAUGGCUGAUGGGUGGAUGAGUAAACCAAUUUGGAAGCAGGCUGACCCACGGUUUGUUUGGAACAGGAAUAUCUUGGAGGAGCUAAUUGAGAAUAAGCUUGAUGAGUUCAUCGUGCCAUUAUUACAAGGAAGCUUCCAGAUGGGACGUCUCAAGCUGAAUAAUUUAACGUCCACAAUUACAUUGAUAUCAAGGAGGUGUGCAAGGCGUCUUGGUACUAGAAUGUGGAGGCGCGGAGCUAAUCUAGAAGGAGAUACUGCUAACUUUAUUGAAACGGAGCAAUUGCUGGAGUAUGAAGGAUUCAGAUCAUCAUUUUUACAGGUUCGGGGUUCGAUUCCGCUCCUGUGGGAGCAAAUUGUUGAUUUGAGUUAUAAACCCCGUCUUGCUGUUAUUGAGCAUGAAGAUACGUCCAUGGUCGUGAAACGCCACUUUCAUGAUCUUUUACAAAGAUACGGAGAUACCAUUGCUGUUGACUUAACUGAUAAGCAUGGUAAUGAGGGCCAUUUGAACCUUGCGUUUGCCACGGAAAUGGAAAAGCUGCCAGAUGUUAGAUAUGUCUCAUUUGACUUCCAUCAACGCUGUGGCAACGCAAAUUUUGACAGUUUGAAACUUCUGUACGAUGAAAUAGCCGAAGACUUUGAAAAGCAGGGAUACUUUCUCCAAAACACAGAAGGAGAAUUGCUAGCGGAGCAGAAAGGAAUUAUUCGAUCGAACUGCAUAGAUUGCCUUGAUCGAACAAAUGUUACACAGAGCUAUCUUGCACGGAUAUCUUUGAAUCAACAAUUGCAGCGGAUGUGUGCACUUGCACCCUCAGAAAGCAUUACUACUUUCACGGACCAUGAAGAUUUUGAGAUUUUCAGGAAUUUGUGGGUGGAUCAAGGUGACGAGAUCAGCCUCGAGUAUUCUGGAACCAAUGCUCUGAAAGGGGAUAUUGUCAGAUAUGGCAAACAAACUGUUUCCGGAUUGAUCAAAGACGGGAUAAGCGCCCUCUCGAGAUACUAUUUAAAUAAUUUUCAAGAUGGAGUUCGACAGGAUGCAAUAGACCUCAUUAGCGGAAACUAUACCGUCAGUGGAAACAGUCCUUCCCCAUUCCAGCUAAACAAAUUUGAAUCACGCACUUUAUUUCCGGUAGCAUCAGCUAUAUUGAUUGGAGGGUUGACAGUAACAUCCAUCACUCUUAAUCGAGCAGGCCAAAAUGCUCAAAGUGUGAUAUCUUCCAUAGUAUGUGUGGGCGCAACUGCGGGAAUGAUGGCUUUAAUGAAAGCCAAUGGAAGACAAAUAUGUUCCAGGCCUCGUUUGUGCGGCCUUUUGUAGUCUGGUGAACCCGUUACUCGUUCUGUAUUGUAUUUCAUACAUAAAUGGCUUGAAUAAACAUCUUUCAAUAAGUUUGAAUCAUCUUUUCUAUUGAAAUGAUGGUACACUUGUAUAUGGUUUUCCCACAUAGUCUUGCAACAAUAAAAUGCACUAAGAUGAUUAUAACUUUGUAGUUCAUCAUGGUAUUUAAAGUCUGGUUUAUCGGUCUGUUCACAGACAGACA